AUGGCUUCUGGUCCUGCCCCUGCUUCUCCCUCCCCUCCCCCUGCUUCCCAGUCCCUUUCUUGGAGUUCCAUUCUCGCGACUGGUUCCUCCUCUUCCUCUGAUGGCCUUCCUCUGCAUUUUGUUCCACCUUCUGCUCCUGGUUCUUCGAAGGUGGUUUUCUGUCCUCCUGAUCUGCUCUCGGAUGAAGCAAAGCUUUGGGAAGAUUGUCUUGUGGGCCAUUUCCUGGGUCCUCGUCCUACCUUUCCCAUUGUCAAAUUGUCUCUUUCUAAGCAGUGGCGCCCCCAAGGUUCUCUGGAUACCUUCCUGCUCGACAAUGGUUUCUUCAUUUUUAAAUUCUCUUCCCCUUUGGACAAGUCCCGUGCCCUUGAAGGGGGCCCUUGGCUGGUGGGUAAAAGGCCAAUCUUCCUGCGUCAAUGGUCUCGUCAACUUCAGCUCCGGCAACUGGAUUUUUCAUCCAUUCCUCUGUGGAUUGCUUUUCCUGGCUUGCCUCUUCAUUUCUGGUGCACUGGCGGCCUUAGUCUAAUUGGCUCUGCUUUUGGCAAACCUCUGUUCUCUGAUUUGCAUACUCGCAGGAAGGACCGUCUUGCCUUUGCGAGAAUUUGUGUUGAAGUUUCUGCUGCUGAGUCUCUCCCGUCGUUCAUCACUGUCCAUGAAGGUGAAGGUCACUCUUUUGAGCAGGAAGUGCACUACGAUUGGCUGCCUCCUCAGUGCCUGACUUGCAAAACUUUUGGACAUGAAUCCCAGUUCUGUACCUUUGUCGCUAAACCCCCAGUGGUUGGAGGACCUGAUUACUGCAACCCUGCCCCUUUGGAAGGUGAUGGUCCUGCUUGCUCUGUUGGAGUUCCUUCAGUUAGUGCUGAGAUUCCGGCUACUGUUGAAGCCGAGAAGAUACUUCUUCACUCCAAGGAUGUUGGCCCUAGCUCUCGUGGUAGUUAA